AGAGAUCAUUGGCUGAUUGGCUCAGACUGACACAUCACGUGUCCUUUUUGACAGAUAAAUGUGCUACUGUGGCAGACCAGAACCUUUUCUGUCCGUCACAGUUUUGCUGUGAUGUAAAGUGUUUUUAUCUUCAGUCAUCACUUAUUAGAUAUAUUCUCAGUUUAUCUGUUGAAUUUUGAAACUUUGAGUAAACUACAUGUUGGCUCACUUUUUUUUAAAUCUGAACCUCGCUUUCGUUUCGGCGUCUUUCGACUGCCAAUGACGCGCCUGUGUUAAAGUCAUAAAAUAUUAUUGAAACAACCUGGAAAGCAGCAGCUCGGUUUUGUUGCUGUUUACUCUGUAUGUCUCCGCUGGUUUGACUCAGCUGGCUUCCCGUUAGGAGGAGGAGGAGGACGAGGAGGAGGAGGGGGAGGUCAAACGGGGUGAGGCUCCGACCCCGGCUGAACCGAUGAGCGGGGGAAGAAACGACGACAGGCAGAGAGAUGCGGAGCUUUUGAGCAGCAGGAACAUCCAGACGAGCUGUGAAGCUCCACAUGUCUCCUCUCUCUGACUGAGGUUUUCAUCAAAGGUUUCAGCAGCUGUUUGAUUUGGAAGUAAGAUGUCCUUUAUUUUCCCCGAGAUGGAGCACUGGUUUAAUUGGUUUUUAUCAUGCGAGGUGGUGCCAUUACAGCACACUUCAGCCCAAACUCCCAACCCUCAAUAAGUUCCUCACACACCUCACAGCUCCCUGAAGUGUCAAAUCAGGAGUCUUUGAACAUGACGGGUCAGACUGUGGGAGGCAUUAUCCAGGACCUGUCAGUUCCCUCACAGCUGGCUGUGGAGGGAGGUGUGGAGUCCAGGCCUCUGGGAGGGGCCGGGUCCUUCACUGAUGAGGCUGUUUCCAUCCUGACCUCCACAAGCCAGCUGGCCCGAACCCUCCUGGGCCACACCUUUGCCCUCAAACGCAAAGAAAACCUUGCCAACGCUGAAGCUAAGGCUGGUAGCAGCUGCGAUGAAGACAACGGCAACAAUGCACGCCGCAAACGAGAGUUCAUCCAUGACGAGAAGAAAGAUGAAGGCUAUUGGGACAAGAGGAGAAAAAACAACGAGGCAGCCAAGCGGUCCAGAGAGAAGCGGCGAGCCAAUGACAUGGUGCUGGAGAGGCGAGUCCUGGGCCUGCUGGAGGAGAACGCCCGCCUGAGGGCCGAGCUGUUGGCCCUGAAGUUUCGCUUCGGUCUGGUCAAGGACCCAUCUGAUGUGUCCAUCCUGCCACUGUCUGCACCCCUCUGUGCUCACCCGACACCCAGUACAACACAUUUCUACCAACCUCACACUGAUGGCUCCUCAUACCUUAACACACAGCCCAGCGCCAGCACCCUCCACAUCCACCCUCACCCCCCGCAGCAGGGUGCCAUCUAUGGGCCGAGGGGAGCCGGGCCUCUGUCAAGUCAUAGUGUGUCCGAGGAGUCCGGUGUCUCCACCUCAUGCAGCUCAAAUGUGGGCAGCCCUGUGUAUUUUGAUGGCACACCGAGUGAGCGUGGUGGGCCUUCUCCGAGGGGGCUGGUGGAGGAGCCGCAGGGCUACAACAUCACUCCCCUGGAGGUCAACGAGAGUCAGUAUGUAAACAGACAAGACUCAGCCGAGUGUUUGAGGAGCCUCCCGCACAAGCUCCGCUUCAAAGGCCCCGGUGGUUGCAGCGAUGGAGGGGAGAUGUCUCCAUCCUCUGAUACCAGACACAGUGGACCACCUGUAGCCACAGUGGGGCCAAACAUCCAGGUGAGGAACCACCAGCAAGCCGGGUGGGACAGUCGGACAGAGAGCCAGGCUCUUUGGUCCAGGGAGGAGGCCUGUGGUGGACAUGGGCAGCAGUAUCAGGGUCCGUCCUCUGGAUAUUAUAACUCCUCCUCUCUGCAGAACUCCAGGGACACCAAGUAUUUGACAGAGGACAGCAGUCUCAGGUCUCAGAUCAGCUGUUUGUCUCAGGAAGUGGCUCAUCUGAAGAGGCUCUUCUCUCAGCAGCUGCUCCCCAAGAUCGCUUAAAACCUGAGCACAAGAGGAUCAAGUCUGGACUGAAGUAAAUAGACAGAUUUCACACUACAUCUUUCCAAACCAUCAAUCUUACAGACUGCUGAUUUCCACAGGACAGCAUGGACCCAGUGUAAACAGCUACCUCUGAAGUGACAAACCUUAUUUACGACACCUGUUUCAAACUAAAAGUGAUUUCUGUGUGAGCCAUCACAUGUUGAUGUAUGUUGAUUUCCUGAGAUUUGAAGGACGCUGUACAUUUCUGAAUAGUUCACUAGGUCUGUCAGAAACACUGGAAGAACAUGUUAGAUACAACAUAAAGCACAUAGUUAUGAUUUGUAACACUUCAAUCUCACCAUGUUCACUUGACUCAGAUGUGUAAAUGCCAUUUUUGUCUUCUUUGGGACAACAUACAGUUUAUAGGCUUUUCAACACAAACACUGUAUAUCAAUAUUACCUUGUGUUAAAUAUACUGUGUUGAAAAGCAGCACAAAUAUGUGCCGUCCCAAAGAAGACACAUGGGGGUCUACUUGUUUUUGUGAUCUUUAUGUGUUGUGUAAUGUAUCUGUAUCUGGUUUAUCUUAUGACAGCAAGGUAUAUACAAGUGUGUAUUUCACCUUUGUUCAGAAUUAUAAUUGAAGUGAACUGUACUUGGAAAUAAAAGUAGAUUUUAUAUUAAAAAAAACUGAUGACAGAUUAAGAUUUUCUCAGUGUAUUUUACAUUACAAACCAUCUGCAUUUAGCUUCACUGUAAUAGCAGAGCAUACAGUGUACAUUGUCUUUGGAGAUUAUAUAACUGUAAUAUGUCUGUAUCUAAUAAUGAUCAUCAGAUGGAAUGAGUGUGACCGUUACAGUAAUAAAAUCAUUGUUCAUAACUUA